AGAACAGAAUGUACAGAGUGGAUGUAUGGAUCAGAACCGGGACCUGUGACUGACGUACGGCCGUCCUCCCGCUGUGACACCGCUCACUAACGGGCCGCACUGGGACUGCUGCCUCUGCGGGUUCAAACCCAGCCUGUUAAUUUACUUUAACCUGUUAUUUUUGCCUGAAAACGGCCGGAUGCUACUCAGCUAGCUGAGCGUUAGCAUCUUGAGCAGCCUCUGCGGAGGUCACGCAGGCUCGGGAGGACCGGGAGGACCCGGAAGAUGGACCCCUAGUUUAUCUGUGGCUUUCAUCCCGGAGGGGUCUGAGACAGGACCCGGGUCGGGGGGCAGGUCUGCAGCUGGUGCCCGCAGGACGAGUCGUCCUCCCGGUGACAGGUGGGGAUGAGGAGCCGCAGUAACUCCGGGGUGAGGCUGGACGGGUAUGCCAGACUGGUCCAGGAGACCAUCUUGUGUCAUCAGAACCCGGUGACCGGACUGCUCCCGGCCAGCGUCCAGAAGAAAGACGCCUGGGUCAGGGACAACGUCUACAGCAUCCUGUCCGUGUGGGGGCUCGGCAUGGCCUACCGCAAGAACGCCGACCGAGACGAGGACAAGGCCAAGGCCUACGAGCUGGAGCAGAGCGUGGUGAAGCUGAUGCAGGGCCUGCUGCAGUGCAUGAUGAGACAGGUGGAGAAGGUGGAGAAGUUCAAACAAACCCAGAGUACAAAGGAUUGUCUUCAUGCCAAAUACAACACCUGCACCUGCUCCACGGUGGUCCGAGACGACCAGUGGGGUCACCUCCAGGUGGACGCCACCUCCAUUUACCUGCUGAUGCUGGCUCAGAUGACGGCCUCAGGUCUCCACAUCGUCUCAAACCUGGACGAAGUGGCUUUCAUCCAGAACCUGGUUUUCUACAUCGAGGCGGCCUACAAAGUGGCGGAUUAUGGGAUGUGGGAACGAGGCGACAAAACCAACCAGGGCAUCCCCGAGCUCAACGGCAGUUCAGUUGGGAUGGCUAAGGCAGCUCUGGAGGCCAUCGAUGAGCUGGAUCUGUUCGGUGCUCGCGGAGGACCAAAGUCCGUGAUCCACGUUCUGCCUGAUGAAGUGGAACACUGUCAGGCCAUCCUCUGCUCCAUGUUACCCAGAGCCUCCACCUCCAAGGAGAUCGACGCCGGCCUCCUGUCCGUCAUCUCCUUCCCCGCUUUCGCCGUGGAGGACGCUGACCUGGUGGCCAUCACCAAGUCAGAAAUUAUCAGCAAACUUCAGGGAUUUUUAGCACCAGGAGAGGUAGAUCCUCUCAACAGGAGAUUCUCUACGAACUUCAAACCAGAUGUUGUGGUACAAGUUUGUGUCCUCGCGGAGUCGAAGGAGAUCCAGGAGUUGUUACGAGAUCUUGGUUUUGAGGUCCAAACGAUGUUGGAGGUUCUGCCCAUCCGGGUCAUGCCUGCUCGCAUCCUGAGCCACAUCUACGUCAGACUGGGAAACUGCAGGAAGCUGAACCUGAGCGGGCGGCCCUACAGACACAUCGGGGUCCUGGGUACCUCCAAGUUCUACGAGAUCAGAAACCGCUCCUAUAUAUUUGCCCCUCAGUUUCUGGAUCAGCACCACUUCUACCUGGCUCUGGACAACCAGAUGAUCGUGGAGAUGUUACGGACCGAGCUGGCCUACCUGUCCUCCUGCUGGAGGAUGACGGGACGGCCCACCCUGACCUUCCCCAUCACUCGCAGCAUGCUGGUUGAAGACGGAGAUGCAGUUGAUCCCUGCAUCGUGGCGACUCUGAGGAAACUGCAGGAUGGUUACUUUGCAGGAGCCAGGGUGCAGAUGUCGGACCUCUCCAGCGUUCAGACCACCUCCUUCCACACCCGCCUCACCUUCCUGGAUGAAGACAGCGACGACCUGUUUGAGGACGUGGAGGAGGAAGACGAGGAGUUCAGACCCUCCGACCUUCCAGAGGAGGGCUUCAAAGACAUGUUUGACCAGUACCUGACGCAGCUCCUCCACAGCACCAGCACCACCAAACGUCACCUCCCUCCCAUCCAGAGGGGGCAGCACCACGUCUUCAGCCCUGAGCACUCCACCAGAGACAUCCUGUCCUUCAUGGCUCAGGUUCAGGGCCUAAAGAUGCCCAAGUCUUCCAUGUAUCUGCCGGUGACUCCGGUCAUGAACAAACACCGUAAAUCUCUCAACCUUSUUGUUCAUCAUCCUCCUCCUGGACCACAGGCAGCGCAGCACAAGCACAUGAGUGUUUCGGACCUGCACCUGCCUCGAGACACUCAGGGAAACACGGACUUCGCUGCGCUGACCAAGCAGCUGAAAGACUGCCCCACCCUGCAGGACCAAGCGGACAUCCUCUACAUUUUUUAUGUUCUAAAAGGACCUGAUUGGAUGGUGGAGCUGUCGGGACCAGGUCAGGGUGGGGUCACGGUGCGUUCACUGCUGGAGGAGCUGUACGUCCAGGCUGGAGUCUGUAAGGAGUGGGGGCUCAUCAGAUACAUCUCUGGAGUUUUACGCAAGAGAGUGGAGGUCCUGGCUGAGGCAUGCACAGAUCUGAUCUCCCAUCACAAGCAGCUGACCGUAGGCCUGCCUCCUGAACCGCGGGAACAAGUCAUCACCAUGCCACUCCCUCCAGAAGAGCUGAACACUCUGAUAUAUGAGGCGAGCGGUCAGGACAUCAGCAUCGCUGUUCUCACUCAGGAGAUCAUGGUGUACCUGGCCAUGUACGUGCGCUCGCAGCCCGCUCUGUUCGGAGACAUGCUCCGCCUCCGGAUCGGACUCAUCAUGCAGGUGAUGGCCACGGAGCUGGCCCGCAGUCUGCACUGCUCCGGAGAGGAGGCGUCUGAGAGCUUGAUGAGCCUGAGUCCGUUCGACAUGAAGAACCUGCUGCAUCACAUCCUCAGCGGGAAGGAGUUCGGAGUCGAGAGAAGCAUGCGUCCGAUCCAGUCCACUGCCACCAGUCCUGCCAUCUCCAUCCAUGAACUGGGUCACACCGGAGCCACCAAGACCGAACGCACAGGAAUCCACAAGUUAAAGAGUGAGAUCAAACAGCUGGACGGCUCUCGCCCGAUCAGUAUCUUCAGUGGCGGUUUCUCCUUAAGUAGCAAUGUAACGUCCCCCCGCUCCACGCGCUGCAGCAGCCCCUCCACCCCCAGUGGGAUCCUGUCCCCGGUGGGACACGGUCCAGGAGACGGGCAGCUCCACUGGGAGGAGAGACAGGGUCAGUGGCUGAGGAGACGCCGGCUGGAUGGAGCCAUCAACCGGGUCCCAGUGGGGUUCUACCAGAAGGUCUGGAAGAUCCUGCAGAAGUGCCACGGCCUGUCCAUCGACGGCUACGUCCUGCCGUCCUCCACCACCAGAGAGAUGACGGCAGGAGAGAUCAAGUUUGCCGUGCAGGUGGAGUCGGUCCUGAACCACGUCCCGCAGCCGGAGUACCGGCAGCUGCUGGUGGAGACCCUCAUGGUUCUGGGUCUGGUGGCCGACGUGGACGUGGACAACAUCGGAGGGAUCAUCCACGUGGACCGGAUCCUACAUUUGGCCAACGACCUCUUCCUCAAUGACCAGAAGUCCCUGAGCGCCGGGGAUUACGUCCUGGAGAAGGACCCGGCCACGGGGAUCUGCACCUUCUUCUACGACAGCGCCCCGAGCGGCAGCUUCGGCACCAUGACCUACCUGUCGAAGGCCGUGACCACGUCGGUGCAGGACUUCCUGCCCGGCUCCAGCUGCCUGAUGCAGUGAAGCAUCAAUCAAGCCGCACUUCCUGCUCGUUAGCGUGAUUAAUAAUUAUUUUAUUAUCUGUCCUCCGACUGCCGUUUGAAUAUAUAUUAACUGAAGUUUGACUCUAUUUAAAUUAAAUUAGUUGUUCCGCCGUGUGCGUCUAAAAACACUUUUAUAAAAAGUUUGGUUUAUUUAAAGUUUUAUCAUUUAAAAUGUGACAGUCAGCAAAUAUUAUAUAC